GGACGAGAGAAAGGAAGGAGGGAGCGUAAGAAGUGAUGAGCAGUAUCUCUUCUCCUCCUUCCAACAGCCACUCACAACCUGAAACCUCUCAGGAAGCGCGCACGCCCCUUCCAAAACCUCAGUAAAUAUCCAAAACCUCUUCGCGCAAAACUUGGCGCACGACAUUCGCCGAUGAACGCAGGCGGACGGCGCGGAUGUUGCGCGUGAGACCGAGAGGAGCCGCAAGACACCCAAGUUGUCGUUCAAUAUAGCGCGCCGAGGAACGUCAACAACUUUAAGCCAACUUGUCACCCCGGCUGGCUGGAGCAGUUCGGAUUGGCCGGACUGCGCCGCCGCCGCCGCCAACCGCCUUUUCCCGUCCCUCCUCCUCCGCCGCCGCCUCCGCCUCCUCCUCUUCUUUAUUCGCUUCGUGUAUGCGCAAACAAGGAAGAGUUGAGUUGCGUUUGUGAACGGAAGGUGACAUGCAGGUGCUCGGAUGGACCGCGCUCGUCCUCUGCCAGUGGAUCCUGCGUAAGGUCCAAGGGUUGGAGAAGAGAGUGGACUUCUCAGACCUGGGCCCGGUGGGCUCGGCAAUGAAGACUUUGCCUUACGGUAUGGGUGGAGGCACAGAUGGUGGACAACCAGGAGGAGCGGUUAAGCCGCCAUACCAAACCCGAAUUUUCUCCACCUCCUUCGACCAGACGCCCUUGAAAUCCAAGCCCCCCACCUACAGUUUCUUUAACCCGUACGAUGCAGCCCGUAACCAGUCGCUCCUUCCAGACCAUACAGGCUACCGCUCCAAGCGUAAGCCCUCGCUGAAGACAGCCAUGAAGACCAAGAAGAUCUUCGGCUGGGGAGAUUUCUACUUCAACGUCAAGACGCUCAAGUUCAGUUUGCUAGUGACCGGGAAGAUCGUGGACCACAUCAACGGGACGUUCACGGUUUACUUCCGCCACAAUUCCUCCAGUCUCGGGAACGUGUCGGUCAGUAUCGUGCCACCGACCAAAGUGGUGGAGUUUGAGGUCCUCCAGCAGCAACAGUUCUUGCACCCCCACACCCAACAGGAGGUACAGAUCCAUGAGUCCCAGCAAACCACCAUCGACCCCAAAGAGAUUAAGACAUUCAACUGCCGAGUGGAGUACGAGCAAACCAACAGAUCCAAGAAGCCCAAGCCCUGCCUGUAUGAUCCGUCUCAGACGUGCUUCACGGAGCACACCCAGUCCCACGCCGCCUGGCUGUGUGCCAAGCCCUUCAAAGUCAUCUGCAUCUUCAUCUCCUUCUUCAGCAUCGACUACAAGCUGGUUCAGAAGGUGUGUCCGGACUACAACUUCCAAAGUGAGCACCCUUACUUUGGAUAAGCCAAACAGAGACAGCGGUGAUGAAGACAAUGAUGGAAACGAUAGUCAUAUUGAUUAUGCGAUAUGGAGCAAGGGACAGUUUCUUGCCUCUACACUGCUGUGAAUGGUGGAUUUAAAUCAAUUACAGUGGUACGGUGGUACCUUGAGUAAAGGGGCCCAACUUAUGUUAUGUUGGUUGAUUUUUAUUUAUUUAUUUUCCGUGUAUUUGCCAAGCCUCUUUCAGACGUUUAGUCAACAAGACAAACAAUAAAACUAAUACAAAUUGAAAAGCCUUGCAAUGAGUAUGGAGAAGAUGCUCAAACUGAGCUGAUAUCGUGGUAAAUGGCCAAACAGAGCGAGAGUCACACAGCACAUGAAUACGACUUUCGGCUUAAUUAUACAUUAUCUUAAACAGUCCAUCUCUUUAUUUUGUCUUGUAUUAUGUUUUUUUUUUUAUGGUCAUAAUUGACAAUACAGCCUGAGUUGUCUUGGGGCCGGAACGGAUUACGGGCACUUCAUGUCUCUUCCAUGGGGAAAAUUGAUUUGACAUAAAAGCAGAUUAGGUUAAGAGCUUGACCUAAAUAAAUAAAUAAACAAAUACAUUCUGGAGUCAAGGUACCACUGUAUCAUUAAAGUAAUAGUUGCCGAGUAAUUUUCCCAUCGACCUCCGUGGAACUUUGGUACCUUCUGUUUUUGCAAUUCUUUCUGUAAAUAUUGUUCUCAUCCUCAGCACCCUUAUUGUUUUUAGAUCAUUGUUUCUCUGCGUUAUUACUUUUUGAAAAACAGUACGCCCUCCUGAGUCCAAAGCAAACCUCAGAGGCAGCUUUCACCAAUCGUACAGUAUCUCACAAAGUGAGUACACGCCUCACAUUUUUGGAAAUAUUGUAUAUCUUUUCAUGGGACAACACUGAAUAUAUUACCGGUACACUACAAUGUAAAGUAGUCAGUGGACAUCUUGUAUAACGGUGUGUAAAUUUACUGUCCCCUCAAAAUAGCUCAAAGCACAGCUAUCAAUGUCUAAACAGCUUGCAACAAAAGUGAGUACACCUGUAUGUGAAAAUGUUCAAACUGGGCCGCAUUAGCUGCCCCCCCCCCCCCCACAGCCCUGUUGUCUUAUAACCUAUAACCUGCUAGAGUUAUAAGGUUCCAGAUGUGAAUGGAGAGCAGUUGUGUUAAGUUUGCUGGAUUUCUCACAUACGCUCUCAAAGUUAAAUCUGGCACCUCAUAUAUACAAAAAUGUGAGGGGUGUACUCACUGUUGUGAGUCACUGUAUGGUCACUGUAGUGUUUUUUUGAUAGACUGACUGUUAAUUAUCCCCUGUGCCCCACAUUUCUCUCCUCUGGUUAUAAGAGAGUUAUAUGUAUGAGAAAUGCUAUGCUGGGUAUGCAUACAAUAUGCUGUAUGAAAAAAAAGCACAUUAAAAUAUUUUAAACUGUC